CUGACCACACUGACAGCUGUGAGGGAGAGAGGUCUCUGAAGACAGGAAGUAACUUGACCUCCCCUGCCCCCAUCCCCCAUAGCCCUCAGCACCACGGGUCAUUAGUCGGUGCCCACACACACACACACACACACACACACACACACACACACACACACACACACACACACACACACACACACACACACACACACACACACACACACACACACACACACAUACACAUACACACACACACGAUAACGUAUGCACACACACACACACACACACACACACGGCUACAGGGUGUAGUGCGUGGAUGGAGGGAACAUCUGCUUGUUAGAGUAUGAUUCUGGAAUAAACAUCUAGUAGUGAACAGUAGGAUUCUGGAAUAAACAUCAUGUAGUGAACAGCAAUGAUUCUGCUAUACCAUCUAGUAGUUAACUGUAAUGAUUCUGAAUAAACAUCAUGUAGUGACCUGUAAUGAUUCUGGAUAAACAUCUAUAGUAAACAGUUGUGAUUUUGAAUAAACAUUUAUAGUGAACAGUAAUGAUUCUUCUGAAAAAACAUGUCGUGAACGGUAAUGAUUCUAAACAAACAGCAUGUAGUAAACAGUAAUGAUUCUGGAAUAAGCAUCUAUUCUAUACAAAACUAUACUAAGACAAACUAUACCUACUUUAAUGAACCAUACUACACUAUACUAUACUACACUAUACUAUACUAAAGCUACUAUAGGCCGAAUAUACUUUACUCAACGUUGGAAUCUAUCAUAUAUUGAUAUGAUAGGGUUAGUAAUGUAAUGUUUCUCGCAUCCAUUCUAAUUUAGGAAAAUGAGCAGUGCCAUUCCAAAGUCUAAAGCCCAAAAGAAGAAAUAUUGACAGAAUUCAUUAUUAAAUAUUUUGAGGAGAACCUUGGGUGGAGUAGUUGGACACGAGCGUAUAGCAUUGAUUAUAAGGAGAGGCUGAAAGUCGCGUCACAGUGAGCAAUGCAUUUCACCACUCAAGUGUUGAUUCAGAGGAGGGAAGACGCACGUGGUUGGACCGAGUGACGGUGACUCCUCGAGCUGGGAGUUGUGUUUGCGUUGUCCGACGGCAGAGUGAAUCGAGGCGAACAUGGUCUACUAGGAGUGGCAUCUAUUCACUGGCGUGACCACAACCGCAUAAUGGUGUAUGAGCUGUCUUAGUUGGAGGUAUGAGAACAGAGCCUCACAGAGUCCCGUUAAGACCCCUCUCUUCCAUUCACAACAUGGCCGGCAGCAGGCCUUACUGGGGAACCCACGACUCCAACGCCAGCUUGUGCCUCAAUCUGAAUACUAGUAUGGACCACAACACCUCACAGCUACAGCAGACGCACCCAGCCACAACUUUUCAAACCGAGUUCCCCCCGUGCCAAACAGCACUGUGCUCCGCUACUCAUCGCCUGGCGCAGUGCCGCAACGACCUGCUCCGACCACCAGAGGGCGACCAGGUGGUCCCCUCCUUCCAGAGGCUGACGGUGCUGGAGGGACACCGUCAGCGGCCCAAGCCCCUGCCCCCCCCGCCCGACCCGGAGGAGCUCAUGGCGGACGAGGCGGCGGACAGUGAGGUGGAGUUCUUCACCAGCGACCAGCGCAGCCUCCUGCCCAAGAGCUCCGGCGGCAAGGCGCCGUGUUUCCGGGCCACCAGCAGGGGGAGCUACGGCGGCUUCGGCCAGGUGAACUACGCCUACCAGGGCGUCCCGUCGGCGGCGACGGCGGUGCCGGCGGCGGGCGGGGAGGGCGGAGCCGGCGCGGCGUCGCAACGUUGGUCCGCCGUCGGAGCCGACGCCGGGGCCACCAGCUGGCCACCGGCCGGAGAUCUACGGUAUGGUAACCGCGGGCAACCCCUCCUCCAGAGGGGGGAGGGCUACGAGCAGAUGGCGCCCAGAGCACGGAGGGCCGCGUCCUCGUCCAGGAACCCCGCCGACGCCCCGCUCCCCUCCGGCCUGCGGUACUCGUACCCGGGACCGGUCUACCGCACCGAGGGCCCAGGAAGCCCCACACGGCCGCCGGCCCCCCAGGACAAGCCCGUCGUCCCGCCGCGGGCCCCCAUCCCCCCGCCCAAGUCCUCAGCCCUCCACCCAAGAACCCUGAGGGACGACACCUCCGCGGCCCAGGGUCGGCAAGAGGAGGACCGGCCGCCCAAGGUGCCUCCAAGGCUCCCCCUGGUGGCCACGUACCCUCCCCGCACCCCCAGCCCCAAGAGCCUCCCCAUCUACAUCAACGGGGUGAUGCCCGCCACGCAGAGCUUCGCCCCCAACCCCAAGUACGUCCGCAGGGGGCCGUUGCCCCGGCAACAGAGAGCACGGGCGCCCCCUGCUGACCAGAACGCGCCCUGCAUCGUGCCCGUCAUGAAGGACGGACGCCAGGCCAGCGCCACGCACUACUUCCUGCUGCCGAGACCGGCCUAUCAGGAGCGGCUGCAGAGGAUCCUCGGCCAACCGGAGAGGGCGGAUCAUGGCGCGGGGGCGUGGCCCACACCGGACAUGAAUGAUCCGAAGAGAUAAUAAAAUGAAAAACUCACAACUACUGUCUUUGUUGGGACCUCACGAGUCUGAAUGCUGUUCAGGGACUACAACUAUGGAAGCCCACCGUGGGAUGUUCUUUGGCAUCUGUGGCGUACAGUACAAGGGUAGAGGCAGCCCAAGACGCCACCUUGUUUGGACAUGGGACACGGGGACAUAUGAGGGCCCCCCCCAACAAGUGUGUGCAUUGCACAAGCCGUCCAUUCCUCUUCAGUGAAUUGAUAGUUGGCUAUGAUUACUUAUUAUUUAUUACUGAGCAGAUUGAGUGUAACGUGUGAACAACUCAUCGUCGGUGGGUCGUGUGUUCAAAGGACUGGUUUGGUCGGUCUUCAGUAUUACGGAUUCUGGACCUUCGCAGACAGACUGAAAUGGUUGAGACUAAAAGGGCUCCACUUAGUGCGUGGAAGGUUAUGAUUACGACACCAGAUGGGGAAAUGACGUUGGACAAGCUGUGCUUGGACACAAUAACCCUUGACAUGUGAUUUGUUUUUGUACUGAUACUUGAAAUCUUCACUUUGAGAUUGGAUGAUUUAAAAGACUUUGACUGAUUUAUUUAGCUAUUAAAAAUGGGAAACUGGGAAUGAAUUAACAAUAUGAAGCUACAACAUAUGCUGACAACUAAGACCUAAUCAAAUUUUGGGGAGAUUUUUAACUACUUUUAAUUGUAAAAACAAUACAUUUUAUCAAUUUCCAGAGUGUAAUUAAUGUUAAAUCUAAAGGCACUUAACGAUACCCUGGAAGUUAUGUGAGAGUAGUGAUCCUAUUUUUCUAUGUAUAUUACAUGUUAUUUAAUGGACUGAACACAAGUUGGAUGGUUAGAUUUCAUAUGCUGCAUUUGUUGGUCAUUCUGUUGUAUCCUGAAUGCAAGUGUAUCAAAACGCCAUGUUUCAUGAACAUGGGAGGCUGUUAUUUAAUUGUUACACAUUGUUUCUUUCUCCACAUGCCAUUCACCUUCUAAUUUAUUCAUGUCACCAAAUAACCAUGACAUCAGAGGCACCGUCUAUGCUACUGGCAGUGAUUCCGUUAGAGGCCAUGUUGUGUUAGCAUAGCAUGCUAAGAUCCUUGUUUACAUUGUUACAUCAGUUGCUUAGUUCUUGUAGAUUGUUUUUGUAUAAAUGUUAGGCGAAGGCCUAAUGUAUGCAUGUUGUGCUAAUUUCAGAAUGAGAGGUCUUGGAAAGGAUAAUGGAAUUUGAAGUGAUCUAUUUAUAAAAUUAAAAUAACUUAAAUUAUGACUUUUUCAAUGUUUUACUCAUUAUUUCCCCUUUCUGCAAUCAUUAAUUUAGGAAGGGAUAAAAGGUAUGAAGAUGGUCCAAGUAACAGGAAACCAGGAGAUUAGGAGAUUUUUACUCUGCAGACAUUAGAAAACACUUCACCAUGUUUAUAGUCCCACAUUUAUAUUGAAAUAGUUUUAUUAUAAAUAAACAAAAAAAUGCAAGAGCAGCAGAGGAUUCCAGCAUUCCAAAAACUAAACUGUGUGGCAUGAGAAGCUAACAUGGACCCACUUAUAUUAUUACUGCCUCGAUGGAGUUUGUGGAUGUACUGGAGAUGUGUGUAUAUUAGCAAGUGCGAAGAAGGAAGUACACAAAUGAUAGGAAGGAUGUCAAAAACCACACACAUAAAGCAAUACACUUUGAAGUUUUGUCGAUGUAACUUCUCUUUAUCACUCACUCUUAAUUUCACAGUUUUUAAAAAGGCAAAAUAUCCCAGGAACAAAUCAAUAGACGAAAACCAUCAAAACAAUCCAACUUACAAAUCAUCCAAAUAAUUAUAUUUAUUAAUUCUCCACAUAUUAAUGUUAAACAGUUAAUCAAAUGAAAUCUACACAACGACGUAUCUCACCCCGACCAGUCACAACUUUGCGCUUAAAAAAUAAGUUAGAAAAUAAAGACAAACCCUUCCUAAACCUCGCUGCCGCUCCACGUUCUCCAUAGUUCAAAUAAGACUGUUAUUCUACGUUUAGAUUUUGUCCUCGGCUCCUCC